GCGACGGUUGGGGGCGGCAGGGGGCGCGCGCGCGCGCGGGCGGGCCGGUGGCGCCAACGCUGAUGGCGGGCGAGAGGGACGCAAUUAGCCCAGGGCCCCGCUCCAGCACGGCAUGAUAUCGGUGCUCAGCCGCACGAUGAGCAGCGUUAGGGGUCGCCGGUUGCAGGCCCGCCAGGUUCUGUGUGUGGCUGAGAAAAAUGACGCGGCCAAAGCCAUCGCAGAGAUCAUGUCGGCUGGACGUUCCCGGAGGAGAGAAGGGUUUUCAAAAUUCAACAAGAUCUAUGAGUAUGAAUGUAAUAUGCUUGGUCAGAAUAUUUCUAUUGUGAUGACUUCUGUUUCGGGUCACUUACUUGCGUUAGAAUUCAAAGCACCUUUUCAGAAAUGGCGUAGCUGUAAUCCUGUGACUCUCUUUGACGCUGAGGUUGAGAAGUAUUGUCCAGAAAACUAUGUGGAUAUUAAGAGAACCCUAGAGCGAGAAGUGAGGAAAUGUCAGGCCCUGGUGAUUUGGACCGAUUGUGAUCGUGAAGGGGAAAACAUUGGAUUUGAAAUAAUUCAAGUGUGUAAAGCAGUGAAGCCCAACCUGCAGGUGCUGCGUGCACGAUUUUCUGAGAUUACACCAAAUUCCAUCAGACAAGCCUACGAGAAUCUUGUGGAACCUGACGAGAAAAUCAAUGAUGCUGUUGAUGUAAGGCAGGAGUUGGAUCUUAGGAUAGGUGCUUCUUUCACCCGGUUUCAAACCUUGCGACUACAGAAAAUAUUUCCAAAUGUGCUAUCAAAUCAGCUCAUCAGCUACGGCAGCUGCCAGUUUCCAACGCUGGGGUUUGUGGUUGAACGUUUCAAAGCAAUCCAGGCUUUUAUUCAAGAAACAUUCUAUAAAAUCAAAGUUACCCACGAGAAUGAAGAUGGCAAUGUAGAAUUUAAUUGGAAAAGACAUCGGCUUUUCAACCACACGGCAUGCCUUGUACUUUACCAGAUUUGCAUGGAGGAUCCAGUUGCUACUGUACUUGAUGUAUUUACUAAACCGAAGAGCAAAUGGAGACCUUUACCUCUUGAAACUGUGGAAUUGGAGAAACUGGCUUCAAGGAAGUUAAAAAUCAAUGCAAAGGAGACAAUGAGGAUAGCAGAGAAGUUGUACACCCAAGGAUACAUCAGCUACCCUCGUACAGAAACCAAUAUCUUCCCCAAGGACCUGAACCUCUCCAUGUUGGUGCAACAGCAAACCGUGGACUCUCAUUGGGGGGCAUUUGCACAAGGUAUUUUGGACGGAGGUGGGCCAAACCCUCGAAAUGGAAACAAAUCUGACCAGGCCCAUCCACCGAUCCAUCCGACUAAAUAUGCCAGCAACUUACAGGGAACUGAGCAGCGUCUUUAUGAGUUUAUUGUUCGCCACUUUCUGGCUUGUUGCUCUCAGGAUGCACAGGGACAGGAAACCACAGUGGAAAUUGACAUUGCAGGAGAAUGUUUUGUUGCUCAUGGACUUAUGAUUAUUGCACGGAAUUAUCUCGAUGUUUAUCCAUAUGACAAAUGGAAUGCUAAGAUUAUACCAGUGUUUGAGAGGGGGAAGAAAUUCCAGCCGACCACUAUUGAGAUGGUUGAUGGCGAGACAAGUCCACCCCAACUCUUGACUGAAGCUGAUCUAAUUGCCCUGAUGGAGAAGCAUGGUAUAGGGACUGAUGCCACUCAUGCAGACCACAUUGAGACGAUCAAAUCCCGAAUGUAUGUGGGCUUGACUCCAGAGCAGCGAUUCCUCCCUGGGGAAUUGGGAAUGGGUCUAGUGGAAGGUUAUGAUUCCAUGGGAUAUGAGAUGUCCAAGCCAGAUCUAAGAGCUGAGCUUGAGGCAAAUUUGAAACUGAUUUGCGAAGGGAAGAAAGAAAAGUUUAGUGUGCUGCAUCAGUAUAUUCAGAAAUACAAGCAGGUAUUCAUCGCAGCCGUGGCAAAAGCAAAAAAGCUGGAUGAGGCUCUCUCCCAUUACUUGGGGGAGAUGACAGAAAUUACACCAUCCGAAGAGUUCCAGAUGGAGAUUUCGGAACCUGUUCGAAAAUGCCCCCAGUGCGGCAGGGACAUGGUUCUCAAACCAAAGAAAGAUGGAGGGACGUACCUUUCAUGUACCGGAUAUCCGAGCUGCAGGUCUGCAGUCUGGUUUCCCGAUUCUGUCCUUGGGGUCAGCAAGGAUGAGAGCGUUUGUCCCACAUGUAAGCCACACCCAGUGCACAGGUUAAAGUUUAAGUUCAAGCGAGGCAGCGUGCCCCCGUUGGUCCCCUUGGAGUUCGUCGGCUGUAUUGGAGGUUGUGACGAGAUGUUGAGGGAGAUCCUGGACCUGAGGUAUUUACGUGGACCAUCCCAUUUGAACGAUCAAACAGCCAACCAUUUGUCGCAGAACAGACCAGAGAAUCACGUGAACAAGAGGCCCAGAAACCGUGGAGGUGCUGUGCCAACGGUGGCUGUGGGCCCAGUAUCUAGAACCAUUCCAUCGGUGACUGCACGUGAUGAUAAUGCUGUUAUGUGCAACUGUGGUCAGAACGCACUCCUACUGACAGUCCGCAAGGAUGGACCAAACCAGGGACGGAAGUUUUACAAGUGCAACGUGGGCAAUUGCAACUUUUUUCUGUGGGCCGAGCAGGACGGUGGGGAAUCGAGAAGCCAUGGAGGAGCUGUUGGCAGGGGCAAUACGAACACAGAUACAGGAAACAUCCGCCUAGCUGAAAGCAGGGGGACCUCUGGUGUAGGAGAAACAAUGUGCACAUGCAACCAGCCAGCUGUCACACGCACAGUGCAGAAAGAUGGACCCAACAAGGGACGGGCAUUCCAUACCUGCUCCAAACCCAGAGAACAGCAGUGUGGCUUCUUUCAGUGGGCCGAUGAGAACGCUUUACCUGGAUCAAUAACUAAUCGUCUGGAUAGAAAUUCUUUCCAGAAUGGACCCACAGCAAAGAAGCCACGGUCCUGCGGGCUCUGUCAUCAGCCAGGGCACACCAGGACAAAGUGCCCCCAAAACCGGUGACCCUCUCACCUUCCCACCUACAUUUUGUCAUAAACUGGGUACAGUGCCUGCAGAGAAAACUGUCAUCUUCAUCUCAGUUCUCCUGAUCUUUCCCACUGAUACUAACCAGAUCCUUCAUAAGGAGUACUGCAUUAUAUGAUCUUUAAUAUAGAGUUCAGAGUUCAUUGUUCGAUGAUGGAGAGUGGGUUGCCUGGACUCUGUCAUCCCAUGUGUUGGGUGCCGGGUUACAGUGAGAGGCAGAAUGGAAUCCAUUACUUAACCUGCCUCCAGGAACAGUUGCUCAGUCCUCCAUGGGUGGAUUUUAUUCAUGGAAUGGUAUUGCUUCUAUCAAAUCAAGCUUUUCUGGAGAUGAUACACCUUAGCAUCUGAGGAGUAGAAGAGCUGUAAGAACGUCAAUUUGUUUUAGUCAGAAUGUUUAAAGUUAGUUAAGAGCUCAGGAUUUGAUUUUGGCACCUUUAAAUGCGAAGGUAACUUUUGGUUAUGUCAUUGUGUUAUCAUAAGUUUAGGUUCCAGUUCAGCACGUUUGCAUUUGAUUUUUGGAUAAAUCACUUGUAAAUGUCCAGCAGGGAAUUAAGUUUCUAUUUUUGGAGAGAUAUUAGGUUACUGUAUUAUCUCUUGUGGAUGUUGUACGAUGUACCAUGGAUACGGAAUCGUUCAAUGGCUGCAUUGUCAAAUGGCUUUCAGUGAAGUGCAGUAGAAAUGCAGAUGCUUUAUUUUCCUAAUUUCCUUCCAUGGGGAAGAGAACAGCCAUUCUCCUUUUACAUUUUAUUGUGGCUUGUGUUAAUCCUAUAUAAUACUGGGGUAGUGCACUAAUGAUUACAGCACUAUUUCACUGAUGCGGUAUUGAUAGGCACAGAAUUCUCUGGAUACAGCAAAGAUAGAUGCAGGGUUGCACUGUAUAAUAUUAGGGCGUAACACUGGUGGGAAUGAUGUGUCACAGUGUAGUAUCAGGCUGCAUUUAGCAGUGUGAACGUAACUAUCACCAACACAUUGGGAGGUUGCAUUGAACCAGAGAACUGAAGUUAUAAUAGAGAGCAAAGUAAUUGAAGAGAUAGAAUUGAGUAAACCCGAGAGUCCACCAAGACUUGGAUUAAUUAAAAUUCAUUUUAAUAUUAGAGGCUGUUAAGUGUGGUUUUAUUUCAAAUAAUAAAUUAAUUUGCUUUUUCAGUGUAUUUCUGUUCUCAUGGUUUAACUGAAAGCGUGAUUUGUUUUCCUCUCAAGAUGUACCGAUAUGUUGACUGUCUCUUGUAUGAUUAACACAGGGAUUCCAUCCCAACGUGGAACAUUUUUAGCAGGGAAUGAAAUAGAAUUGUAAUUUGGGUGGUGCAAUCAGAUUUCCCAACUGUACAAAGAGACAGCUGGGAGUUAUUCACUCCCCAGCUGGUUUCAACAUUGUGAUUAGUGAAAACAGUUGAUCAUUUAUAAUGAUUUCAUGUGGUCCUAAACUCCACUGAAUGAAAUGAGUAAAUUGGCCAAUUAAAUAAAUCAGAUUUUCUGCUGAAACUAGAACAUGAAUGCUUUGUUACAUCAUUAAACAUUAAAAAGGCAAAA